AUGCUUAAGCUGUGUGGACUUCAGUUUCUGCUUCUCCUUCACUCGGCCAUGUGGCUUGGUCUGGAGGGCCUGAGUGUAACUGGGCCUCUGAAGGACAUGGACUUCUCCGUGCAGGAAGGAGGAGGUCCACGCAUCCUUCACCAGUUCAAACUUGAGCCACCUGCUGUGAGUUUCAGAACAUCUGGUGAAAAAGCUGGAAUUAUUGACAUUGAGCCGAGGACAGGCAUCCUGUAUAUCAAUGGGUCUCUGGACUGGGAGACCCAACAAGUGCACAAGCUGCAGGUGGAAAGUCUGGAUGAGAGUGGAGAGAGAGUUAAAGGUCCAUAUGCUGUUACAAUACAUGUGGAGGAUGUCAAUGACAACCCCCCAGAAUUUAACCAGACAAAGUACUACGGAGUAGUGAGGCAGAACUCUCGUCCAGGCAAGCCUUUCAUGUAUGUCCAUGCCACUGACCGUGAUGAUCCUACAACUCUCCAUGCACAGCUGUCUUACAGCAUUCUCCAUCAUUUUCCCAACCCUUAUGCAGAAAUGCUUUUCCAGAUUGAUAACGCAACUGGAGCAAUCUCACCAAGCAGGAAAGGCUCUUCUUACUUGGAUCCUCAAAAGCAGGACAACUUCAUACUUGUUGUCUCCGUGAAGGACAUGGCAGGGACGACAGCGAAUGCUUUCACCAGCAGUGUUGAUGUGAGCAUCACUGUGAAGGAGAGCCUGUGGAAAGCUCCCCCCACCAUCUACAUCAAAGAAAACUCAACCCAGGUCCACCCUGUCAACAUCAGUAAGGUGCAGUCAAAUGAACCAGAUGUAAUUUAUGGCAUUUUUGAAAAAGAAAAGCUGCCAAGGCUUCCAUUUUCCAUCAGUGAGAAUGGGGAUAUUUAUGUGACCCAACCAUUGGACAGGGAAGAAAAGGAUGCUUAUACAUUCUAUGUGGUGUCAAAAGAUAACACAGGAGAACUGGUGGAGAAGCCUUUGCAAAUUCACAUUAUUGUGGAAGACAUCAAUGACAAUCCCCCUGUGUGUCAGCAGGACCUCACCAUAAUUGAAGUUCAAGAAAAUGAAAAGGGAGGGAGUAGUAUCGGCACCGUGUUUGCUACGGACAUGGAUCAGGAGGACAGCCUUAACUCUCGUCUGCAUUUCCAAAUCCAAAGUCAGGAACCUGAAUUCCCCACAAAUAAUCUCUUCUAUAUUCAGCAAGACACGGGGACUUUGCAAUUAACUGGCCGUUCCUUAAGCAAGCGUGAAUCAGCCAAGUAUUUCUUGAAGGUCCUGGUGACAGAUCCUCAAUACGAAACAAUCUGUAAUGUGGAAGUACACGUCAUAGACAUCAAUGAUCAAAUUCCCAUCUUUAACAAUUCAGAUUAUGGCAGUGUGACUCUGGCAGAAGAUAUCCCAAUAGGAAGUCUGAUAUUAGAAAUUGAAGCAACUGAUGGAGAUGAGCCUGCCACAGGGAGCUCCCUCAUCAUUUACCAAGUGAAAGAAGGUGAUCCAAACAACACGUUCAUCAUAGAGACAGACUCUGAAACAAACCGAGGGUUCAUCAGGAUUAACAAGGCUCUUGAUUUUGAAACAAUGCCUGUGUACAACCUGGUGAUCAAUGCCACAAACCCCGAGCCGUUGGUGGAAGGCGUGAAGUACAACGCGAGCUCUCUCACCAAGUUAAAAGUUUCUGUGACAAAUGUGGAUGAGCCACCUGCUUUCCGGACGCCAUUUUACGAAACAGAGGUGUCUGAAGACAUUCCUGUCAAUACCUUGGUCAUGACAGUGGAGGCCUAUGAUCCUGAAGGGGAUUCUGUACGGUACUCCUUGGAAGGUGACGUGAGGAAAUGGCUGACAAUUGAUUCAGCCACUGGGCAGGUAUACACUGCUUCGCCUUUGGAUCGAGAAACUGAAGAAAUAUACCGAAUAAAGGUUGUUGUAUCAGAACUAAAUAAUGCAGCUCAGAAAUCCGAAGCAUUGUUGACUCUGCACUUACGUGAUGUGAAUGACAACUACCCACAAAUAGCUACGGAUUAUCCUGCUUUCUUCUGCUACCCAGUCAGCGGAGGAGAGAGAACUCUCAUUCAAGCUACUGAUGCUGAUGAACAGUUCUUUUAUUCAAAAUUUACUUUUUCCCUUGCGGAUGACAUGAAUGCAAGAAGUAAUUGGGAAAUCUCAAAAUUCAAUGCUACUCACGCUUACCUGUCCCUGAAACAUGCUAACUUUGAAGAGAAGGUGUAUGAUGUUCCAAUAAUACUUAAUGACAAUGGAAAACCGCCUUUGGAAAACAAAGUGAAUCUUAAAGUAAGCAUCUGUAAGUGUUCCAGUGAAAAUUCAUGUUUUAUUGAAAUAGACCGUCAGCACUCCUGGCCAACCGCUGGGCAGGCAAUUGGGAUUCUGCUUGCAGUCCUGAUCAUCAUUGGUGCCAUUUUAGCAGGUGUGUUUUUCCACAUGAGAUACAAAGAGAAAAAAGAAAAGAGCCAUCCCAAGGACGCAAAAGAUAACGCUGAACUCAACAGACUGACUUAA